GCCAGGUUUGCUGCUGCUGCAGAAAUGGGGGAGUACGGAAUCGCGCCAGGCCAGCGCGUGGCCAUCAUCUGGGACAGCUCCACGCCAGUUGAAGCCCUGAAGGAUUUGGUGGAUAAAAUUCAGGCACUGGUGGGAGCCGAUAAUCGUGUCUCUGUGGAAAACGUUAACCAGCUGUCUCAGUCGGCUCACAGGCAGUCCAGUUUUGAUGUGAUCCUCUCUGGUGUGGUGCCAGGCAGCACAGCGCAGCACAGUGUGGAGGUGCUGGCAGAAAUAGCUCGGAUACUUAAGCCGGGGGGCCGUGUGCUCCUGAAAGAACCGGUGGUUACAGAAUCAGGAGACAACAGCAGAAUCAAGACAGCAGCCAAACUCCCCACAGCUCUGACUCUCUCUGGGCUGGUGGAAGUGAAGGAGCUGCAAAAGGAAGCAUUGACCCCGGAGGAGGCCCAGUCAGUCCGAGAGCAUUUGGGUUACCAAGGCAAUGACCUCCUCAUUGUUCAGAUAGAAGGCAGGAAGCCCGAUUUUGAAGUGGGAUCUUCCAGUCAGCUCAAACUUUCCUUUGCCAAGAAACCUGGUCCUUCAGGAAAACCCGCUGUGGACCCAGCCACUGCCAAGCUGUGGACACUCUCUGCCAAUGAUAUGGAUGACGAAGACAUGGAUCUUCUGGACUCUGAUGAGCUGUUGGAUUCGGAGGAUUUGAAAAAGCCAGAUCCGUCAUCCCUCAGAGCUCCAUCCUGCAAAGAAAUGGGGAAAAAGAAAGCCUGCAAGAACUGCACAUGUGGCCUGGCUGAAGAGCUGGAACAGGAGAAGAAGAGCUCACAGCCUAAAUCUGCCUGUGGAAAUUGCUACCUGGGGGAUGCAUUCCGCUGUGCCAGCUGCCCGUACCUGGGGAUGCCCGCCUUCAAGCCUGGGGACAAGAUUCUCCUGAAAGAGAACCAGCUGCAUGAUGCCUAACAAAGACAUCUCUGUGUGUCCUGUGAAGGACUCCUCUGCUUUUCCAUCAGUCUGAGGUUCUUCCUGCAGUCCUCCUCAUGCUCUCAAACU